CAGCCAAGGCAGGCGCCGCGAAGGAAAGCCAGCCCCCCAGACGCCGGGUGGGCUGCGCCUCGCGGGUCGCCAACCUUCCCAGGUUGGAGAGGUGCGCACGUCCGCACCUCACCCGAGGCUGGCAUCUCCUGUCCGGGAGACGGGCGUUGAAGCUUGAGUUCCUGAGUCUCUGGAGCCACCACCUUUGCUGUGCCCUGCCGCCCCGUGAGAGAAUUCCUGCUUUCUCAUUUUGAACUCCAAAGCUACACCACAGCCAACAUUCCUAUCAGCAAUGGUGAUUAAAGCCAGAACAGAAACAAGGAGGGAUUUUCAAACACCAAAAAUGAAGUUCACCAUGACAUGCCGGUGCCUGGCACUGUUCGUUCUUCUGAAUCACCCAACUCCGAUUCUUCCUGCCUCUUCAAAUCUCACUGAUCCAACAUCUAUUCCUGAGCCAUACCUGUAUGUCGUAGGCCGCAAGAAGCUGAUGGAUGCCCAGUACAAAUGCUAUGACCGCAUGGAACAGUUACCACCUUACGAAGGAGAAGGUCCGUACUGCAACCGCACCUGGGAUGGCUGGAUGUGCUGGGAUGACACUCCGGCUGGAGUGUUGACCUUCCAGUACUGCCCAGAUUACUUUCCGGAUUUUGACCCCACAGAAAGGGUUACCAAAUACUGCGAUGAACACGGGGUUUGGUUUAAACAUCCCAACAACAAUCGAACCUGGUCCAACUAUACUAUGUGUAAUGCGUUCACUCCUGAGAAGCUGCAGAAUGCCUAUGUUCUGUACUACCUGGCUAUCGUGGGUCACUCUUUGUCCAUUUUCACCUUGGUGAUUUCCCUGGGGAUCUUCGUGUUCUUCAGGAGCCUCGGCUGUCAACGGGUGACUCUGCACAAGAACAUGUUUCUGACUUACAUUCUGAAUUCCAUGAUUAUCAUCAUCCACCUGGUUGAAGUUGUGCCCAAUGGAGAUCUGGUGCGAAGGGACCCGGUGAGCUGCAAGAUUUUGCACUUCUUCCACCAGUACAUGAUGGCCUGCAACUAUUUCUGGAUGCUCUGCGAAGGGAUCUAUCUCCAUACCCUCAUUGUGGUGGCUGUGUUCACCGAGGAACAACGUCUGCGCUGGUAUUACCUCUUGGGCUGGGGGUUCCCACUGGUGCCAACCACCAUCCAUGCGAUUACCAGGGCCCUGUACUUCAAUGACAACUGCUGGCUGAGCGUGGAAACCCAUCUGCUUUACAUCAUCCAUGGUCCUGUGAUGGCGGCAUUGGUGGUCAACUUCUUCUUUUUGCUCAACAUCGUCCGGGUGCUUGUGACCAAGAUGCGGGAGAACCAUGAGGCGGAAUCCCACAUGUACCUGAAGGCUGUGAAGGCUACUAUGAUCCUUGUGCCCCUGCUUGGAAUCCAGUUUGUCGUCUUUCCCUGGAGGCCCUCCAACAAGAUGCUUGGGAAGAUCUACGAUUACCUCAUGCACUCUCUGAUUCACUUCCAGGGAUUCUUUGUGGCGACUAUCUACUGCUUCUGCAACAAUGAGGUCCAAACCACCGUGAAGCGCCAAUGGGCGCAGUUUAAAAUCCAAUGGAACCAACGCUGGGGAAGGCGCCCCGCCCGCCGCUCUGCUGCUCGCGCCGCGGCGGCAGCUGCUGAGGCGGGCGACAUCCCGGUGUACAUCUGCCACCAGGAGCCGAGGAACGAUCCCGCCAACAACCAAGGCGAGGAGGGUGCUGAGAUCAUCGCCUUGAACGUCAUCGAGCAAGAGUCAUCCGCUUGAAUGUGAAGCAAACACAGCAUCGUGAU